UUCAGUUUCUCAGAUCCACCCAUGUUCACUAUAAAUACGAUUGCUCCUUCCUUCUUCAACCUUUUCCAUAUACUGCAUUGUUGUUUCGAAUCCAACACUCUUAAAAACUCAGACCCCAUUUUGCAAGAAUAUCAACUUUUUCUGAUAUAUUAUAAAUUCCUUAUCGUCCUCCAUCGACCAUGGCACCCCAUGGAGAGUCUUUGGCCAGCUCUUUCUCAAGGAAAAGCAACAUGUCAAAGCCACCGAAGCUUGCAUCGGAGAACCUUCAACGAACGGUCUCAGACAUAUCUUUUGAGCUGACGAAAGAAGAGAUCGAUGAGUUGAAGCUGCCGGCGAUAUCUGAGGUUGAGAAUGCCAAGUGUGAGUGCUGUGGGAUGUGUGAGGAGUGCACACCGGAGUACAUAGAUCGUGUGCGUGAGAAGUUCAAUGGGAAGUGGGUGUGUGGGUUGUGUUCUGAGGCAGUGAAAGAAGAGUUGGAGAAGAAUGGAGGAGAAAAAGAAGAGGCUCUGAGUGCACACAUGAGUGCUUGUGUUAGGUUCAACAAAUAUGGUAGGGCUUUCCCUGUUCUGUUCCAGGCUCAGGCCAUGAAAGAGAUGCUCAAAAAGAACACCAUAGAUGGUAGAAGAGCCAAGUCCAUUAGCCCUAGGGACAAAGGAGGCCCUAAGAAAGGAGGGAUUGCUCGUAGUUCUAGUUGCAUUCCUGCUCUUACAAGAGAGAUCAAUGAUAUCAAAAUAGCCAAUUAACAUCAGUAGAAUUAUAUUUUACCUACAUAACACGUCAAGAUGUCUGAUGUCUGAUGCAGUCCGAACAUGACUUAUGUCUGAAUGCUUAUUCAGACAUAAGUCAUGUCUGCGUUCAGACAUAACUUGAUUAGUUAAGUAUAUAAAUAUUUAACUAUUAUUCUGCUGUCAGUUUUUCCUUGGUGUCUUAAUAGUAGAAGCUUUUCUUUUUCG